AUGAGAUAUAACAUUUAUUCGCUGCUAAAAUGCCAAUUAUUGUACUGUGCAUUUUCCUCGUGGAAUCUGGUGCUUGGGCAGAUUCGUUACUCGAUUCCUGAAGAAUUGCAGCUGGGCGCCUUUGUUGGAAAUAUUGCAGAGGAUUUAGGCUUAGAUGUAAAGCAGCUCUCCACUCGCAGCUUUCGGCUUGUAUCCGGUCCGAGGAAACAAUAUGUGGAGAUCAAUUUGGACACUGGUAUUUUAUUCGUGAAGGAUAAAAUUGACAGAGAAGAGAUUUGCGGCCGGAGCCUGAGCUGUGUUUUAUCCUUGGGCGGUUUGCUUGAAAACCCCUUAAAGCUCUACAAGGUUACAGUGGAGAUUCUCGAUGUAAAUGACAAUGAUCCCACUUUCCCAAAGAGACAAUUCCACCUACAAAUAUCUGAGCGUUCUAAAGCAGGAAUGCGUUUUCCCCUCGAGUCGGCUCACGAUUUGGACAUUGGAAACAACUCCGUACAAAAAUACGAGCUCCUUCCGAACGACUAUUUUGUUCUCGACGUUCGGACUGGCGAAGGAAAAAUGCCAGUGUUGGUUCUGAAGAGUUCCUUGGAUAGAGAAACGGAAUCCAGCCACAGCUUAACGUUGAUAGCCAAGGACGGCGGGAUUCCUGUGAGAUCGGGCACAGUUGAGAUCAUAAUCAUUGUAAAGGAUACAAAUGACAACGCUCCUGUCUUCUUUCAGAAGGAUUAUCGAGUCAGUCUAUUGGAAACUGCGCCAACAGGGACGCAAGUAAUCAUACUAAAUGCUACCGACUCGGACGACGGUCUAAAUGGAGAGAUUAGGUACUCGCUUGGUAGCCACACUUCAGCUACUGCUCGGGAAAAGUUUGGCGUAGAUGCCAAGACUGGUAAAAUACACGUGAAAGGGAGGUUGGACUAUGAAGAAAGCAAUACCUUCGAGCUUAUCAUACAAGCCAUUGACGGGGGAUCAGAUCCAAUGUCAGGGCAUUGUGUAGUAUCGGUGAAUAUUAUUGAUGUGAAUGAUAACCCUCCUGACGUGACGUUGACAUCUUUAUCACGCACAAUUUCAGAAGCUGCUCCAGUUGGGUCUGUGGUCGCUCUUUUCAGCGCAGCGGAUAAAGAUUCGGGGAGAAACGGACUGGUACAAUGUCAAAUUUCAAAUAAAUUACCCUUUAGACUAGAUUCUUCUUUGGAAAAUUUUUAUGGAAUACUUGUUCAUCAGGCACUGGACCGGGAAAACGUCUCCAGCUACGAUAUUACAAUAACAUGCACGGAUGCGGGAAAUCCCUUCCUUACAUCGGAAAAAACCGUUCGAGUAGACGUUUCGGAUAUAAAUGAUAAUGCCCCACGGUUCACGCAGUCUUUAUAUACCGCACAUGUCAAGGAGAACAAUGUUAUUGGCGCUUCUAUUUUUUCCAUUACAGCCUUUGAUCCAGACAUUGGACUGAACGCUCAACUGACAUACUCUAUCCUAGAGACUCAAGUUAUGAACUCUUCGGUAUCCACUUACUUCUCUGUUAACUCGGAAACUGGUGUCAUAUUCGCGCAGAGAUCUUUCGACUACGAGAAAUCGAAAAACUUUCGGAUCCAAGCUCAGGUCAUGGACCGUGGGACGCCGCCACUCGCAAGUAAUGUUUCUGUAAAUAUUAUUGUCCUUGAUGAGAAUGACAACAUUCCGGUCAUUGUGCAACCAUUAGCCCAAUUUGGAUCAGCAGCAGUCGAGACAAUAUCCAGGUUUGCAGAACCAGGCUACUUGGUUGCCAAGGUAUCGGCCACGGACGCUGAUGCCGGUCAAAACGCACGAGUCUCUUAUGCCAUUUUUCAGGCUACCCUUCAUAACCUUUUCACAAUUUCACCAGACACUGGCGAGAUUUGGACAAUACGUCGUAUCACGAAUAAUGAUGCCUCUGAACAAAGGUUGGUGAUAAUUGCGAAAGAUAAUGGAAACCCAUCACUUUCUGCCACAGUGACCAUCAUUUUAUCUGUGCAUGGUGGCGAUACUGCAACAUUCUCCGGCGUCAGUGGUUCGUUUGGAGGUCCUACGUUCACUCCUGAUCUGGGCCUUUCCUUGGUCAUCGUAUUAGGAGGAAUUUCUAUCAUAUUUCUCGUGAUCUUAGUUAUUCUCGCUGCCAUGGUUCAUAGAAGCAGAAACAUUAUAAGUAGUCAGCACUGUUCCCUGAGACUCUGUUGUUGCGCUGAGACAAGGCAUUCUCUGAAUAGAAUCCAAAAAGCCAGCAGAAACCUUCAGAUCCCUUCGAACUACGUCGAGGUGUUCGGGGGUGACCCACUUUCUCAGAGGUUCCGCUAUGAGUCAUGUUCAACAUUGCAGUCAACAAAGGGACAUGUCAUAAAUCCCAACAUAUGCAGAUCAAACACAGACAGAAACUGUGCCCAAAAUGAGUUUGUCAGGAAAGAAAACGCAAGAAUGAUUAAUUCUGAAAAUUGCAGCAACACGUUAAAGAAUAAGGUGAGGACCCUUCUUAAUGGAGAAUAA